AGUAGUGAUAGGUGCUUGACUUCAUUUUGAUCUACCCACUACUUCAGUAUAUAUUGCUUGGUUUUGCGGUUAAAAUGGGAAAUUCACUCCUUCAAUUCCACAUCACAGGAAUCAAUUGUUUCCCUUCUACAAGACCACAAUUGACAGAACAAACUUUUACACAUAUCAUCCUCUUCUUCUUCUUAUAACAGAAUUAUAAACCGCAAUUGCCCGAAAGUUCCUUUACAAAUAUCAAGCAACACCCUAUCCUGAAAGAUUCCCCUAAGCACACACCGGUAUAAUGCGCUGCUUCAUCUGUCACCACCAUAACAUGACCGGGAAUCAUAGAUGCGCAGGACAUAAUUGCAUAGCCUUACUCUCCACUGCAGAUAUUGUCAAAUUCUAUACGACUGUCCUCACUGUCGUCGAAGGGCGCACAGCGUUGAGAGCCGUGGAGCAUUACAUUGUGCGUCCUGGAACACCUGACGCCAGAGAUACAGUGGACGCGGUUCUCCAGAUUCAAGGUUCUGGCUUUAGAGCGAUGGUGGUGUGGGGGGAGAAUUGUGGGGGAAGAGAUUGUAGGAAUGUUAUUAGAUGUCCGCAUAGCAGUAUCAAGAUUUCUAUCGCAGAGAAAACGCGGGAGGGUGGAGCAGGGUACGGCCCGACUAUGACUGUCGCUUACCCAUAAGAUCAAGAUCAUGAAGCGGGAGCAAGACGGGGACGGGUCGCGGGUUCGAAGUACAAGUCGAUGUGAGGUUAUCAUAGAGCGAAGAUAUCCUGUUAGAGAUGUUUCGCUUUGUUUCGUUUUGUUCUGCUUUGUUUUGUUAGAUGGGAUAAUAUGGAUUGGAUAUAUCCUGUUGGAGAUGUUUCGUUUUGUUAGAUGGAGUGGAAAUAUCCUGUUGAAGAUGUUUCGUUCUG